AUGAGCACUUUAAGUAGCACUGGAAUAUUACUCAGCUUAACGACAGUGUCUGUUACGCUGGAUUUUAGUUUGCAUGGUGGUCUGAUGGCUUGGUCCUUAAGCAGCAAUUUGACUCUGAAUCAGAGUUUGCCUACAUCUGAUCCUCUUAAUGCCUCUGAAAAGGGCGAAGUCUCUCGGAUGUCUGUGAGGGAGAAGAACUGGCCAGCCCUCCUGAUCUUGGUUGUCAUCCUGCUGACCAUUGGGGGGAACAUACUGGUAAUUAUGGCUGUGUCCUUGGAGAAGAAGUUGCAGAAUGCCACAAACUUCUUCCUGAUGUCCUUGGCAGUGGCAGACAUGCUGGUGGGUAUCCUGGUCAUGCCCGUGUCGCUCAUUACAGUCCUGUAUGAUUAUGCUUGGCCUUUGCCUAAACAGUUGUGCCCUAUAUGGAUUUCCCUAGAUGUGCUCUUUUCAACUGCAUCUAUUAUGCAUCUCUGUGCCAUCUCUCUUGAUCGGUAUGUAGCAAUACGCAAUCCCAUUGAGCACAGCCGCUUCAAUUCCCGCACCAAGGCUAUUAUGAAAAUUGCUGCAGUUUGGACCAUAUCCAUAGGGAUAUCUAUGCCCAUUCCAGUCAUUGGUUUGCAGGAUGACUCCAGGGUGUUCGUAAAUGGGACCUGUGUCCUCAAUGACAAGAACUUCGUCCUCAUUGGAUCCUUCAUGGCAUUCUUCAUCCCUCUCAUCAUCAUGGUGAUCACAUAUUGCCUGACUGUCCAGGUGCUGCAGAGACAGGCAACGGUGUUCAUGUGUGGAGAGGUGCCCAAGCAGAGGAGGAGCAGCGUAAACUGCCUCAAGAAGGAAAACAACACAGAGAACAUUUCAAUGCUUCACAAUCACGAUGGGGCAUCUCACUUGAACUCUCCUGUAAAUAAGGAGGCAGUGCUUUUUCGGAAAGGAACUAUGCAGUCCAUCAACAACGAGCGAAGAGCCUCCAAGGUCUUGGGCAUCGUCUUCUUUUUGUUCCUCAUCAUGUGGUGCCCAUUUUUCAUCACUAAUGUCAUGUCUGCCCUUUGCAAGGAAGCCUGCGAUAAAGACCUUUUGAGUGAACUCCUUGAUGUGUUUGUUUGGGUGGGGUAUGUUUGCUCUGGGAUUAAUCCCCUCGUAUACACCCUCUUCAAUAAAACCUACCGCAGGGCUUUUUCCAAUUACAUCCGUUGCCAAUACAAGACCAGUAAAAAAUCAGCGCUGCGGCAGAAUCAGUGUCUGAAUGUUGCUUCAACAACUUUAUAUGGGAAAGAUCUGACUUUAACUAGUUAUCGAAAUGGCAAUGAACUCAAUAGCAUGGAACUAGAUGAAGCUGAGGAGGGCCUUGAAAUGCAACCAGGGACUUCAGAGCUCUCCAUAAACAGCUGUAAUGUUGUAAGCGAAAGAGUGAGCUGUGUGUAA